AUGAGCCCUGUUGGCCGCAAUGCGCCGCUAUCUCCUAUAUCUGUAGGCGGAAGCGAGUGGUCAUUAUCCAAGUAUCCUUCUCGCGAAGAAGGCGGUCCUUAUUCCCACAGUCGUGGUAACCUGGCGUCGCCCCCUAACUCGGGAGGCUCCAACGGCACCAUGAGUAUGAAUGGCUUCCCCUCUGCACCGCGAAGCACAGGAGGUCCCUCGCCACCGCCGUCAGUUGGUCGAUCGAGCACCGGUACAAACCUCUUCUCUGGAGGUAGCGAUGGCGGCCGCAAUAGCACACGAGGAGCUGAACUGGAUGAGUCGGUAUUGGGCGAGCAUUAUAUGGCCCUGAGGGCCUUCCUCAACGCCAGAGACAACAACGCACGACAACAACCGAACAAGGCACGCGAUAAACUACUACGGUUAUCACCGGUACAAUUUUACGAACUUAGCACAGAUGUAUUUGACGAGUUGAUGCGGCGCCAGGCAAUGGCCAGGGCCGGCGGCCCUAAUGCGCCCAACGGCCCUCCUCAGUACCUUUUGGCAGAAAAGACGUUCCAUCCCAAGAGAAACCAGGCACGCCAAAGACUCUCAUCCUUGGGCCCGCCACGAUUCCGAGAUCUUGCAGCUGAUGUUUACCACGAGCUGGAGAGACGUUUCCCAUCCUUUGUCGGGCGAGACAUUCCCCGAGGAGGUAGCUCCAUGUCGAUGCGUGGUGGCCCGAUGAAUCGAAAUGGGCCCCCUCCCAAUGGCAUGUAUCCUCCUAGAGGCCAAAGCCGUAUGCGAAGGCCUUCAGAUGCUAGUUCAAUUCGUGGAGCGCCUGCGGCUCCAGAUCUGUAUGGAAUCCCACCGUCUCCAAGCUUACCCAACGGCGAUUAUGGACGACCGAUGCAAAAGCAACUUAAUCAAAACAACACAAUAGUUCCAAACAAGAGCACCAUGCUGGAGGAAGACGAUGACGGCGGGGCAACAUCUGAAGCGGAUAAGAAGCUUAUGGAUGACUAUCAAGCCCAGAUACGAGAACUCCAAGAUAAAUUGGCCGACAUGGAGGAUUCUAUGAAGAAAAAGGAAGACGAGAUGAACGUUGCACUUGAUAGCGAACGCUCACGAGCCACGGCAACAAACUUGGAGAAGAAAGAGUGGGGAGACCUCAGACUGGAUCUCGAGAACAAACUUGCAGAGGCGCAGGAUUUGAAUAAGUCAAUGAAGUCGGAAUUGGAGCGCAUGCGAGCCGAACAGGAGCACCAGACGUCUGUUAAAUCAGAUUCUGUGGUACAGCGAGAAAACGACGAGCUGCGAGAAUCACUACGGCAGCAGGAGCAAGUAACCGAGGACGUUCGCCGGGAAGCACAAGAGUUCCUGCAAGAGAUGAGAGUGCUUUCGCAGCAAAGUGCGGCAACAUAUGACAAGCAGCUGGAGCUGGAAAAGACAAUCGAGGAAUUAGAACGCGAGGUACGAGACUGGCGAAAUCGAUACGCCCGCUCCAAGACCCAGCAGGGCGGUAUGCGGGCUUCAAUGCACGGCGUACCCCUAGAAUACGAUGCUGGUAAACAUAUAAGGGAGAAGGGGUUCAUGGAGGAUAACGGCGCCAUUAAAGAUGUCCAUGUGACUAAAUUCCAGAUCUCCAUUGACGAGCUGCUACGGACUGCACGCAAUGAGACACCUGACAAAGUGGUUGAUUCUAUGAAGAGGGUCGUUGUCAGUGUCCGUCGGAUUACGAAAGACUUGGACGAGUCCACGCCCCAGGAAGACGAUUUAAUUCAGAAACAGGGAAAACUGAAAGCCAGAGUCUCCUCGACCGCAAAUGGGCUCAUCACGGCAUCCAAGAACUUUGCAGCCGGAGCUGGUCUGUCUCCAGUGUCACUGUUGGAUGCAGCGGCGUCCAAUCUCACAGCCGCUAUUGUUGAGCUUCUCCGUGUGGCAAAGAUUCGGCCGAGCCCGCCUGGUGAACUUGAGGAUGACGACGAUGGAACUAUUACUCCAGUCGACUCUGCCAGUUUCUUUUCACCCCGAAGCACUACGCAAGCUUCUACUCAAGGGAGUCUGCCGCCACCACCACCGUUCCAGGGACUGGGCGGCGCAGGGGCUCGUGCAAGUGCUGAAUCAUCAGCGUACAGUCCAAUCAGCUCUCCAAGAGAAUCAGUUGACCCGUAUCCCACAAAUGGCCUGAAUGGCAUGAUGAUGAAUGGUGGAGGAUAUGCUGGGUUCGACAGGGGUCCCAAUGGAUAUCACGACAGUCGAGCCGACGACCUCAAGGUCUACUUGGAUGACCAAACAGCCCUCCUGGUUUCAGACAUACAAAAUCUUGUGAGCUGUGUUCGGAGCGAUGCGGACAUUCGGCAAAUCACGACUGAAAUUUUAUCCAUUAAUGCGAUUGUUGGCAAGAUCCUGGGCGAGACACAGACACAAGGCUAUGGCAACAUGGUCACCAGGCUAGAAGCUGCUCGCGACCGACUUAUGGAAGCGAAUGAAACUGGUCGAGGAUUGGCACAGCCCGGGAAUGGCGAUCAAGACGAGAGAUCAUGGCGAAUGUGGACACAAACGUUGCCUCCCAUUGCGUUUGAGAUUGCUCGCGAAACCAAGGAGCUUGUUCAAAGAAUUAGCGGGCUCACCUCAUCCAGAGGUGCCGAUGAGUUUUCCUGA